AAUGUAACCGAGCAAACUCACACCCCCUCCUCUCACGAACCCCCGCUGUUACGAAAAGCAUACUAAAAAGAAUUGAAGGAAACUCUUCCGAGGUUGAUCCUUCCUUCGCUCGUCGAGUUCGAAUCCAAAUCCGAAAACUCUCGCUUUCUUCGAUAGCAAUUCCCCCCGUCUUGCUUCUCAAUCCCUGAGUCCUCGGCCAUCGCGAGGGGCGAUGUUGUGAUAGCGGAUUUGUACGCCUUCUCCAGCGAAAAAGGUUUGGAAUCUGAUGCGGCUUAGAGGGUUAGGGUUUUGGAUUCUUGGAGAUCUUGGAGAUCAUACUCUUGUGCGAUUAAAGAGAGGGUUUUAGUCGUUUUCUGAAUUACUGGUAAUCGGAGUUGUUAUGAUAGCAAGCAGAACUCUCCCUCUCCCCCUCCUCUCCCUCCUUCCCUCCUUUUUCUUUUAAAAGAAUUAGCUGAAAGUUUCUAGCUUGAAUCAUGUAGGAAACUCCAAAGUGUUUGAACUUCGAAGAAGAGAUUACUGAAAGUGAGAUGUUUGGACAAGGCGGCUAUGCCCCCCAGUUUCGGCAUGGGCCGCCGCCACCUCCAUUGCAGCAAGCCCCUCCAGGGCACCCUGCUCCCUUCCAGCAAACUCCACUUGGUCUGCCCCCUCCUGCUAUCCAACAUGGCCCCCCACCUAAACCACAAAUUCACCAAGCUCCAUCUGGCCCGCCUUCCGUUCCCUAUCCGCAUGCCCUGCCUCCUCCACCGGCUCAGCAGCCUCUCCACUUCCCACCUCCUGCACCAAUGAACAUGGGGCAGCCUUACAUCCACCCCCAUGAAAGUGCCCCAAUGUUCCCUUCUUAUGCUCGGCCUGGCACUUCGUACCCUCCACCCAUGCUAAGCCAGAAUGCACAUCAAGUACCGCAACAGAUGCCGCCGCCUCCAAGAAUGUAUCCACCUCCACCUCCUCCUUCACAGGGACAAGUUUUGUAUAGAACCUCCCACCUGCCCCCUAUGGGGAUUCAACAUGGCUCUACCCCUCCACCUCCUCCCCCAUCUAAUUUUGUCUCGAUAACACCUGCCCCGUUCGUGCCUUUCGGAAGUACUUCACUUGGAGAUGCCCACCCCCCUUCCCUCCCACCUCCUCCGCCCCCCCCUCCUCCGGCUUCUCCUCCACCCGUUCCACCUUCACCGACUCCACCGGCGCCUCCAAUGGUGGAACUUCCAGCUGUUCCUGAGGCACCAUCUGUGGAUUCUGGGGCUGAUGGGACCCGUUCCUUUGAGCAUGUUACUACUGAUGAUCCAGUUACUCCAGCACGGUCAGGCGAGAAUGCCCCUGUAACUGGCAGUUCACACAUUGGCGAAGUUGAUGAUGCUGGAAAGAAGGUUCCACUAGUGGAAAGAGAAGUGACUGGAGAUCUCCCUCCACCACCACCCAAGCCAGUUGAAGAAGAAGUUGUUCGGAAUAUCGAGGUGCUGUGUCAAUUCAUUGCAAAAGUUGGGCCUGAAUUUGAAAACUUGGCCUGUACAAAGGAGGCUGGGAAUCCAAAAUUUGCCUUCUUGUUUGGAGGUGCACCUGGGAGUGCUGCUGCUGUUGGGUAUGAGUAUUUUCAGUGGGUGAAAAGGAAAUAUCGUUUUGAAAUGGAAUCACAUAAAGAUCCAGAGAGGCCAUCUGAAAUGGAGAAUUCCUUGCAAUCCGGUAAUUUGGAAAAUGAAGUUGCAGUUAGUUCACCUUCUGCAUCAGACAUGGAUAUGGAAGAUGAUGUUGGCCUGCCUGGUGGUGAUGCUGGUUUCAUCAAAUUGAAUACAGAACCGACUGGAGAGUCCGCCUCUCUAACUAAUGGAAGACAUGUUGCUGAAGAGCCAGCACCUCGGAGUACUGCAGAGCACAUUCAGGAGGGUGCAGCGCCUAGCACUGUAUCCUGUUCAGGGCCUUCAUCUUUUCUGCAAGACAAAAGGGAAGAUGACAAGGAUUCAUCAUUUAUCGAAGAUGUUAGCCCAGUCAGGCCUCUGCCUGGUGCUGCUGAGUGUGCUGUCGAUGGCAACAUGCAACAGUCUGUGAGGCCGAUAACUCAAGAUUCUAGCUGGGUCAAUGUUAUGCCAACUUCUGCUUGUCGCAAAACUGCAGAAACUCCAAGGGUAUUUAUUAAAGAUGGAAGCCCGUUCCGUCUUAUACAAGGCUAUGCUUCAGAUGACAGUGGAGAAGAUGAUGAUAAGAAAGACUACGUGGAUAGCAUCAACCCUGCUAGGACCUCCCCAUCAGCUGCACUAGGCAGGUUAGGCUUGCAAAAGGAUAAGGGAUGUGAAGUGCCUUCAAAUUUUAGCCCUAAGAGUGUUCCAGAGACUGAAAGAUCCAGACUACGUACUGAUUCAAGUCAUUGUCUGUCAACAAUGCCCAAAGAAGCUGCUACUUUUGGCAGCUCAUUGCCUCAAAAAUCUGCACCACCAGAUGUUGUCUUUUCAAAUCCUGUUGAUGCAAUUGAAAAUGUGACUGAUCUUAGUAUUCACGAGCUACAUGAUCAAAGUUUGCAUGAUAAGACUGGAAAUCAUGAGCUUUCUGAGGACAAUGAUGUUGUGGGAGACAAAAGUGUCAAUGCUGACCAUCAAGUCACUCAACUUCACAUGGAGGAUGCAAAACAAGACUCUACUGCACCAAAUGUGGAUGAAUUUGGGCGAUUGGUAAGAGAAGGUGUCAGUGACAGCGAUUCUGAUGGGAUACACUACAAUGAAAGGCACGGUAAGAGGGUGAGGAGUUGGAGUCGCAGUCGGUCACCUCAACAGAGUAGAUGGAGGCAGAGAAGUCGCAGUCCCAGGAGAAGAGACAAACGCAGCCGAUCUCGCAGCUGGUCCCCUAGGAGGCGCAGGAGUAAGUCACCACCAGCUUAUAGGCGGACUACCUUAUUUGCAAGAGCAGAUCGCGAUCAGCCUCCCGAAUGUUUCAAUUUUAUUCGAGGCAGGUGCUUCCGUGGAGCAUCUUGUCGUUUUCUCCACCGUGAUGUUGGAUACCACAGGCGCAGGCAGCCACAUUUUAAAGACUUUGCACAAGGUUCUGACAACUAUGAUGUGCAUGAUGAUGCUCUGGAUUCUGAAAACUGCCACCAUGUUAAGAGUUCAGUGAGAAAUAUGGAUGUUGAGAAACGCGACGAUGUGGAUCUGGAAGCAACAAAAAGCCCUGAGAUGCAGACUGAUGAGAAAUUGUCCAAAGCCUGCACCGAGAUUACUCAUGAUGGAGUUUUGGGUAAGAAAUUUGCAGUGGACGCUGUAACAGCUGAUGCGUCACCGAGUUUGAAAAAUGAUGCUGCGGAACGACAAAUCACUGAUCAUGGUUCUCAAAAUAUUGUUAGUCAAGUGAAGGAACCACGACAAUUGGAAAUAUUGCAGAAGGCACCUAAGAUUAAUAGUGCAGAGGAAGAACAAACUCAGCCUCUGCUGGAAUCCUCCCAGCCUUCACCUGCUCAAAAAUCUGAAUGUUUGAUCAGUGAAACUGUUUUGGGUCAACCUAACACAGAGGGUCAAGCUAUUCAGACUGGUGCAUCUCAAAAUCAGGUCCCUUCUAUUCAGCCAUAUUCAGAACAUGCUCUAGUAUCUCAGACAUAUCAAAGCCAAAGUCUUGUGAGCCAUUCACAUUCAAAUUGUGGUCUGACAAGCCAGCCUGGGAAUCAAAGGUUGCUUCCAAAUGAGUUUCCACCACCCAGAGUUUCAGUGCCAGAUACUAAAUCUCAGCCAUCUCAGCUGCUACCAUCUGCACCUCAGGGUCAUCCUCCUCCCUUUUUUCCUGCGGACAGUAUUACUGCACCAUUUGCUUCAGAACAUCCUAGAGAGAAUCUCUUACCACCAGUCACAAGCUAUCACUUGCAUCGUCCACCCUUUGGUAUGUUAAGUUCCCAUCAACCACCUGUGGCUAGUGAUUACCGUUCUCAAAGUAUGCAUCCUUCGAACUCCAUGUGGCCCAAUCCCUCUCUGCCACCACCUUCAUAUGCGAAUGGAUUUCCCAGCAGGCCUGCCUUUCCUGCAACAGAAUUUUUGCGCAUGCAGUUUCAGCAAAAUGCUAUCCCACCUAGAAAUGACUUUUCUCAGCCUUCUAUAAGGCCCUACUCUCCAGGUGAGCUGACUCGUUCGCAGACAGUUGAUUUCCAUCAUCAACCUUUCCAGUCAACGGAGUCAUCUCAUCAUCCUCCAUUGCAUAUGGAUGAGUUUAAAUGGAGGCUUUUGCCAGUGGGAAAUCAGCAGAAUCAACCAUUUCCUAGAGAAGAUUGGUUAUCAUGCCCCCCUCCGAUGCCCGAAGGUUCUCGAGUCCUCUCGGAUUUGCAGCAGAAGGAAUCUCAUUUGCACCAUCAAUCUCUUCUUCGCGAUGAUGUUCGAAUUCCAUAUCCCGGUCAGGGACCUAGUUCCUCUAAGUCGUAUUCCCAAGGCAGUGCUGUGUUUCCUCCAGCCCUUUCAAACCGAUCUGAGUCUUUCCCAGGGGAUCGUCUGCCCCCAAGAGUCUUCUCUAAGGAAGAAUUCCCUUCUGUGAGCAAUGUGCCUUAUUCACAUCCUCCAUAUGGCCAACAACGCUCUGCCAGUCCUAAUUUUCCUUCAAACCUGGGUGGUCCAGGCAUGGCUAAUCCUUCUUUCCAAAGAUCGUCAUUGAGCUUCUCAGAAAGCAAUUUGCCACAUCAGCUGUCUGAUAUGGGGGCACCAAAUAAGUCUAUCCCAACCCACUACAACCCUUUUGCAUCUACUUUUGAAGAAACACCGGGAAGCUUAAAGUUUGGUUCCAGUAAAUAUGAUUCUUUGUUCAGUUCAAGCGAUGAUCCGUUAGGUGGUUCUGGUUCAAGGUUGAAAGCUUCACCACCCAAUUUGAGAAGAUCAGGAGAGCAAUUCUUGCCAAGAACUGGUGGUUAUUCUCAUGAAACUUCUGCAGAAGUGCUACCUGAUGUGCACAAUCAGUUUGUUAGGGAUCCUGCAUCUGGUACAUAUGAUCCACUCUUUGACAGCAUCGAACCAUCUUCUAACAUGCUCAAGAAGCUAGAUCGUGUUCAAGAUCAGAACCUAGCUGCUAAUGAUGCAGGCAUGGUUCCAAAAAUUAGCAGCUUGACUAGGCCUGCAGAUGUUGAGGAUAGCAAUAGGAAGAAAGAUGGCACAGGUGCUGAACUUAAGUCUGAAGUUGAUGAAUUUGGUGAGGGGGCCACAGAUGCAGAAGUGGGUGCUGUUGAGAAUGAGAGCCCUCAACAAGUGGAUGGGAAAAACUGGAGCCCAGUUAUUCCACUUGAAGUGGGGAACACUGCUGCAGGUGAAAUUGAGAUUGACCAGGUUCGAUCGCCUGGAAAGAAGAAGAGCAAGGAAUCAAGGUCAAUGAAACUUCUCAAGAUUGCCCUUGCAGAUUUUGUGAAGGAAGUCCUAAAGCCAUCAUGGAGACAGGGAAAUAUGAGCAAAGAGGCAUUUAAGACCAUUGUGAAGAAAACAGUGGAUAAGGUUUCUGGUGCAAUUCCAAGUCAUCAGAUACCUAAAACACAGGCAAAGAUCAAUCAGUAUGUAGAGUCAUCGCAGCGGAAACUGACCAAGCUGGUGAUGGCUUAUGUGGACAAAUAUGUCAAGAUGUAGAUAAUGACCGGUAGCUAUGGAGUGCCUUCUAGAGCAAUCUUCUUUCCUCUCUUUGUGGUUCCUUUUCAUACACACGAAGACUUGCUGGUGCAGGAAAAAUCUUUUAAUGAGAGGUUGAAGGCUUGAUGAGAGAGAUUGGCUUCUGACAAGGUGGGUUUUUGAGUUAGCUGUUUCACACAGCCCAGGAUUUUAGCUGAUAAUAUUCUUCUCAACAGUUCUGGGGGAGCAACAGAUAUGUAUGUUACCCAUGUCUCUAGAUGGUGUUUGCUUUUUGACUCAUUUCUGCCUGGUCAUCAAUUAUAGGUAUCUGAUUUGUAAAAUAUUGCUUAGUUUACUGUGGCAAAUUUGUUUUUGUUAUGAUUCUCCCUCUCUCUCUCUCUGAGGAGCCUCCAACUAAAGAAGCCAUGAUGCCAUAGAGUUACUCGUAGCUUUCAAUGCCUGAGUUACCAAGUUUUAUGAUUUUUUUUUUUUGUUUCAAAUGUAGAUACAGCAUUUCUUUUAAACUCGAGAAAGUUAAUUUUCCCUAAUUUGGACUUCGUGCUGUCAUUUCAGUA